GUGUUGUGACGCGAGAGGCGCGGGAUGCCGGGUUUCCUGGGCCUCCGGGCCCCCACAGGGCCGUGAGGGCUUCCAGUAAGGGACGCCGUGGCCGAAAGGUUGCGCCGGGCCCUUUGACCCCACCGCUCUGACAGGGCAUCGCCGUGGGGUCUGAGGGGCAGGGAGGAGGCGCGCGACGCGCCGUUUCCGCUCCGGCCCCUCUGACGGGCCGGCCCACGGCCACGGCCACGGCCACGACCCGAGAGGACCUGGGCUGGGCGAGCCCCUGAGAGAGAAGAAGAAGAAAAAAAUGUCUCAGAAGCAGAUGAAGGAAGCUUUUGUCAGUAAUCACAAUGGAACCAGCGUGCUGGAAAUCACCCAGGGCUUGUGCUUGCCUGUACUGUGUGUCCUGUGCAGAGGGCUCCUGCUCGUUCUCUCACAGCACUUGUUUUCUUCACAUACCUGGGGAACUAGAUUCUUCAUUGACUUUGUUAUCCUAAUAGUUCCCCUGGUGGCCACUCUGACCAUUUUGUCUUCAUUUAUCCUCCUUGAGCACCUUGCUGCAAUCAUCUUGGGGGCAGGACUGUUCUAUCAAAUAUAUUGCAGGAGAACUUGCUGCGCCAGAAUGCCUGUCCAGAAAAUCCUUCAAAAAUUCUUGAAAACCAGUCUAGAAUCAGAUUACAUUCCAGCCAUCUCUUGCUUUCGUGUAAUUAACAGUGCUUUUACUGCUAUUGCCAUUUUGGCUGUGGACUUCCCACUUUUUCCCAGAAGAUUUGCCAAAACUGAGCUCUAUGGGACAGGAGCAAUGGAUUUUGGAGUAGGAGGCUUUGUUUUUGGGACUGCAGUGGUUUGUCCAGAGGUUAGGAGAAAAUACACAAAAGGGUCCAGAUUUUAUCAUCUUACAAAGUCAUUGUAUUCUGUUUGGCCAUUAGUCUUCUUAGGAAUAGGACGAUUAGUCAUUAUAAAAUCCAUAGGCUAUCAGGAACAUUUAACUGAGUAUGGAGUUCACUGGAACUUUUUCUUUACCUUAAUAGUUGUGAAAUUGAUAACAUCACUGCUUUUGAUUAUUUUUCCCCUAAAUAAAUCCUGGAUUGUGGCCAUCAGCAUUACUGUAUUAUACCAGCUAGCCCUUGACUUUACCCCACUGAAAAAGUUAAUUUUGUAUGGCACUGAUGGCAGUGGCACAAGGGUUGGUUUAUUAAAUGCCAACCGAGAAGGAAUAAUCUCUACCUUGGGGUAUGUGGCAAUAUACAUGGCUGGUGUGCAAACAGGAGCAUAUGUGCUUAAAAAAAGAUCACAUAUCAAAGACUGGAUAAAAGUAGCAUAUUGUAUUCUACUGACAGCUAUUAGCCUCUUCAUAUCUCUGUACAUAGUUCAGGUAAAUGUAGAAGUAGCAUCUCGAAGAAUGGCCAAUUUAGCCUUUUGUAUUUGGAUAGUUGCUUCUAGCCUGAUCCUUGUUAGUAGUUUAUUACUGGGUGAUAUAAUUUUGAGUUUUGCCAAAUUUCUAAUUAAAGGGGCUCAAGUACCAUGUUCUUGGACACUUAUCCAGUCACCUGCUACAAAUAAAAAGCAUUCAGAAUCUCUAGUCUCUGAAGCUGAAAGAAAGGAACCCAGUCUUUGUUUAAUCACAGCUAUGAACAGAAACCAGUUAACUUUUUUCUUGCUGUCAAAUAUAACAACUGGCCUGGUCAACCUGUUGGUAGAUACAUUACACAGCAGUACCUUGUGGGCCUUAUUUGUGCUCAAUCUCUAUAUGUUUGCCAAUUGUUUAGUUAUAUAUGUGCUACACUUGCAAGAUAAGACUAUAAAAUUUUGGUGAUCAAUAGGGGUAGUGUGUGUGAGCAAUAUUAUUUUAGUAAGGAAGAGUAAAUACUGAACGUGAAAAAAAUGGGCUUUUGGCAACCCAGUAUCAACUCUAUUUUAUUAUAAGAGUUUCAAUCCUUCUCUAUAACAGUGAUGCUCAAUAUUUUAACGUAUCUCAAUACUAUAUAAAACAAACCAAUCGAGAAGAAAAAGAGCCUUGCAACUUGUUAGAUAUUUAUUAAAAGUAUUUUAAAGAAAGUUGUUUAUAGUUGUGACACUGGAAGAUUGGAGGGUGGGGAGGGGAUUUUUACUUUACAUCUUAUGUCACUUUACACCAUUCUGUAUUUUUUUGUAUGUAUUACUUUUAUAAUAGAGAAUUUAUGUUAAAACACCUCAGUGUGAAUUAUCAAAUUGUCAAUACUCAUUUACUGCUCAAUUUUAAUCUUUUAAAAAAGCCUAAGUAUAAGUAAGUAUAGUAUAUUACAAGUCAGAAAACAGUUAAGUGCUCCAAAGAAUAGACUGAAUUGUAUGAUGUAGUUUACACCCUUAGUAAUUAUGAGACAGUGUUUUUUAGGAAGAUUGGCCCUGCACUAACAUCUGUUGCCAAUCUUCUCUUUUUUUUUUCUCCCCAAAGUCCCAGUACAUAGUUGUGUAUCAUAGUUGUAGAGUUGUAGCUCUUCUGUGUGGGACACUGUCUUAGCUUAGCUUGAUAAGCGGUGAGUAGGUCUGCACCCAGGAUCUGAACCGGCGAACCUCAGGCCGCCGACAUGGAAUGCCUGAACUUAACUGCUAAGCCACUGGGCCGGCCCCGAGACGAUAGUUUUGCCUUAUGUCUAGUUCAUUUUUUUUACCCUACUCUGCUAGGGAUGAUAAGCAAGUUUCCUGAUAUUUUAGAGCUUGCGAUCUAGUGGGGAAACACAUUAAACAACUGUUAUAAACUGUGUUAAGUCAUGAAGUAUAGGUUGCCAUGAGUGUUAAAUCAAGAAGUGACCUAGCUGACUCAAAGUUUUCCCCACACAUGGUAUUUUUCUGAGCUAGAGCUGAUGGAUGGCAUGAAGAGUUAAUAUUCAUGUGUCAGGAGUGUGGGGGCAGGGAGGAGGUGCCGGUAAGGGAGGGAGUACACAGCAGAGAGCAAUCUAGGAAGGAUGAAUCCCUCAGCAAAGGUCCUGAGUUGGGAGGGAACCUAGCACAUCUUGGAACUGAAAGGCUGGAGCUCAGAAACCGGAGCAUGACUAAUGAGCUCAAGAGGCAGGCAGUGGCCAUAUCAGGCAUGCUUCAUCUCCAUGUUAAGGGGAAAGAGAACUAGUGAGAAAGUCAUCAAGUGCCUAUUCUAAGGUAAUAAAACUAUGGCUAUAUUAA